UAUGCUAAAAUCCGGAUGUUUUCCAGUCGGUGCAUUUCCGGAUAGCUCAGCUAAUGUUAGCGGUCCAGACAAACCGAGAAAACUUGGGGCAAUGAGAGCGCUAGAAUAGCUGUCUGAGCUGCCUGAAAAUGAGGACCCUACUGUUAUUUGCCUUUCUGGCUCCUUGCUGGGUCAACGGUGCUAGUAAGUCAAGAGCUGUUACUGAGGAGAAUCGCGAAGGAAACCCGGAGUUCGAUGCUCUGAACUCCGUCCUCUCAGACUUUGAGGUACUGCCAUUGUCAGGCCUCCAGCUGCACUCUGUAAGGAAGAGGGACAUCCACACCCAAUCCCACCUGGAGCGCCUGGUGAGCUUCAGAGCCCUGCACAGGCAUUUCAAGCUUUACUUGACCACCAACACAGACCUUUUCACUGACAACUUCAAAGCUGUGUUUGUUGAUAAACAUGGGACUGAGGAAAACUAUGAUGUUAAGCUUCAGAACUAUUUCACUGGACAUGUUGUUGGAGAGGAGAAUUCACGCGUGCAGGCACAUAUAGACGGAGAUGAGUUUUCUGCUCACAUUCUAACCGAUGAAGCAGAGUACAAUGUGGAGCCCCUGUGGAGGUUUACAGAUUCCCCCACUGAUGGCAGGUUGCUGGUUUAUCGCUCCGACGACAUCAAGAACCUGAGCCGCAUCGUCUCUCCAAAAGUGUGCGGUUACGUCCACGCAGAAGACAGGGACCUGCUGCCACAGACUGCCAGGAGGGAUUGGGACGGGCAGGAGGUGGACCAGAAAAAGGAGUACCACAACAGAGAGAAAAGACAGGUCCACGACCACAAGAAGAAUACCUGCCCUCUGCUGCUGGUUGCAGAUUACCGCUUCUUUAAACAAAUGGGCCGCGGACAAGAGAGCGUCACUCUCAAUUACCUGAUCGAGCUGAUUGAUCGAGUUGAUGACAUUUAUAGGAACACAACUUGGGAUGAUGAAUUCAAAGGCUACGGAGUUCAGAUCCAUCAGAUCAUCAUCAACAAGGAACCUACAGGGCCUCCACCUGACUAUGCUGGCACAAGCUGGGUCCACUAUAACAUGGAGAACAGCCCUGUGAGAGGGAAAGAGGUCUGGGACGUGAAGAAACUUCUGGAGCAAUUCAGCUCAGACAUAGCUGGCAACGCCUCCACUGUGUGUCUGGCCCACCUUUUCACCUACCAGGAUUUUGAUGAGGGCACACUGGGGCUGGCCUAUGUGGCCCCCUCCAAAGCUCAGGCCCUGGGGGGCCUCUGUCCUAAACCUUACUACCCAUCUCACUCUGUCAAGAAGCCCAGUUACCUCAACACAGGCUUGACCAGCACCAAGAACUAUGGCAAAACCAUCCUCACAAAGGAAGCGGAUUUGGUGACCACACAUGAGCUGGGCCAUAACUUUGGAGCAGAGCACGACCCUGACAACAUUCCUUACUGUGCUCCCAGUGAUGACCAAGGGGGGAAGUUUGUCAUGUACCCGAUUGCUGUGAGCGGAGACCAUGUCAACAACAAGCGUUUCUCCAACUGCAGCAAGAUCUCCAUAGGAAAGACAUUACGUUCCAAGGCUCCAGUGUGCUUCAAGGAGAGGAACAGUAAGGUAUGUGGGAACUCCAGAGUGGAGGAUGGGGAGAAAUGCGACCCCGGGCUACUCCACCUCAACGAUGACCCCUGCUGCUCAUCCGACUGCAUGUUCAAACCCGGUGCACAGUGCAGUGAUAGAAACAGCCCUUGCUGUAGAAACUGCAAGUUUGAGCAGGCAGGCGUAAGGUGUCAGGAACCCAUUAGUGCUACCUGUAAAGGCAUAUCCUCCUGCACAGGUAACAGCAGUGAAUGUCCACCUCCUGCCAGUGCACCUGACAACACUGUGUGUGUUGACAACGGCCGCUGUCUCAAAGGAGAGUGCAACCCUUUCUGUGAGGCCAUGCAGAACCUUCAGUCCUGUGCCUGCAAUGAAACUGAGAACUCCUGUAAAGUGUGCUGCAAGGGUAAAGAUGGCAUCUGCUCUCCCUUCAUCCAGUCCAAUGGCAGUUUCCUUUUCCUUCGCAAAGGAAAACCAUGCACUGUGGGCUUCUGUGACGAGGGCGGAAAGUGCAUGAAGCAGGUGCAGGACGUGAUCGAGAGGUUGUGGGAUUUUAUUGACAAACUGGACAUUAACACAUUUGGGAAGUUCCUGGCUGAUAACAUAGUGGGCUCAGUCGUGGUGUUUUCCCUCAUCUUCUGGAUUCCUCUCAGUAUCCUGGUUCACUGUGUGGACAAACGACUUGACCAGCAGUAUGAGGAGAACACAAAGUCCUUCUACUACCCUCCAAGUAGUCAAGAAAUGCUGAGCAACCUCGAGUCAGCGUCCGUGCGCAUCGUCAAGCCUCCUCAGCCUCCCUCCUCCUCCGCCGGCCGGACCGUGCCCUCCUCCCAUCCCAUGCAUUCUCAUCAGCUGAGCCAGGCCGGGGCCCCUCCCGCGGCCAGCAGCAGCAGUACCCAGGGCCCCGGCCCGAGCUACGGCCCCACCCCGGACAGCGCAGGGGGGCUGCGGAUGGCCACCAUCCAGGAGGACACCAGCAGCGACUCUCACCUGGGAGAGGAGGGCCUGUCGGACGAUUUCACAACCGCAGGAGCCUGCUCGUUGGCUACGAAAUCCUCCUACGAGGAUCUGACAGAACAGAACCCACCAGCCAGGGAACGGCGGCGCCUCAAGAGGCAGGACUGCAUUGAUACUAAAGAGACUGAGUGCUGAGAAUAAACAACCACCCUUUUUUGUUUGAGAGCACCAACAUGUACAUGCAACAUGCGAAUACAUACAGCAUCAAAGGCUUUUUUUAUUCUCACAGGUCACAGAAAGCAACUGUUUAGAGUCAAUGGCAUACAUGUUUUAUGCGUCAGAUUUUGUGUGUAACACAGCUAAGGACAACAUUUCAGGCAACACUAGAUGUGGAUACUUCUCAGUCAGCUGUAACUUGGAUUGAAUCACUGUACAAAUAAUGCAUGAAUAGUCUCAAAUCCCUGUGACUGCAUAUAAAAUAGUUACUGAGUGAUUUCAUGUUUUUGUGAGCCUGUGUGAAAUAAUGCUGUGCCUUUUACAGAUAGGUAGAUCAUAUCCUUGACCAGAUGAAGCCUGUGAAAUCUGAGGAGGUCUGUGGAAGUAAAUCCACCGUGGGCCAGUUCCUCAAAAACAUCAGUUAGUUCAAUUAUCCUUUCGUCAUAACCCAGUGGCUAAAUGGGUUUUUGAUAUAUGAAAAUUUUCUUUUCAAAGAACAAAAGAGAUGAAAACUGAUUACAUUGAUCCCAUGGCUCUAUCUACUUUUGCCAGUGUUCCCGGUCUAAAUAAAGUGAGCUUUGAUUGUGGACCACAAGGGGGAAAAAAGCAUCAUGUUAACAGUGUCAGGAAGUUAACACUGUCACCCCCUAUUAACACUGUCACCCCCCCCCAUCCCAACAUGCGCUUGUGCACAAAGAACUGUCUUUCAGGCAAUUCAACCUGACAGGUUUGCUCUACUAAGGAAACAUUACAGUGUGAUCUGUUAGCAGGUGGAGACUGAACUUGACUUUAAAAAAAAUUACUGUUUUAUCAUGAAUCUCUGUGUUAACUGCACUUGAAGUAUUUUUCACAUCAGAGAGUUGAAUUAAGUUUUAUACACAUACUUACUGUGCUGUGUCAAAUGGUGUCUUUAAAUAAAAACAUUGCAGGCUUGUUU